ACAUUUGCAUAACCCAUUGAGUCGCCAGCGCGCGAGCAGCUAGCUUGGAUUUCGCUACUCGAUCGACUUCCAUUUGGCCAGUGAAAGGGCAUUAACCAAAAAGGAUGCAGAGCUACAAUUGGCUAAUUGGCGCUUUGACGGCGCUGGCCGCCGCCACCGCGACCCUGGCCGCGCCUACCCAAACGCAGACGCAGCCCCUGCAGCCGUCGGCCACGCAGCUGGCGCUGGACAUGUACCAUGGCUGUCUCAAGGAUCUGAGCAUAUCGUGUGUGCGUCCCAAGGCGCUGCAAUGGUUCAACGCAGCGCUGCAGCAGCCGGAGGUGAGGCUGACCGAGCGUCUGUCCCUGGUACGUCUAUCCGAAUCCGACACGGAGCCGAGCAGACGCAGCUCAGGUCGCAGCACUGAGCAGCAACUGUUCGAUGGCAUUGACAACUAUUUGGCCAACCAUGCGCUGAGAAUUCAGGCACCCGAGUAUUUCCGUAGCUCCGAGGCACGCGCCCUGGUGCCCGAUUUUCUGCUGGAUAAUCCGCUGACCCAGGGCGGCCUGGUGCCGCUCGCAGCUGCCAAUGAGGGGCGCGGCAUGAUACGCAAGGCGGUGCUACCCUUCCUGCUGGGCCUGAAGCUGAAGACAACCGUGCUGAUGCCGCUGGCUCUGGGCCUAAUCGCCCUGAAGACCUGGAAGGCGAUGACACUGGGUCUGCUCUCGCUGGUACUGUCCGGCGCUCUGGUCAUAUUUAAAAUUGCCAAGCCCAAGAUUGUUAACUACGAGGUAGUGCACUAUCCGCACCAUGUGGAUCAUGUUGUGCCGCAUCACAUUGAGCAUAUUGUGCCGCAUCAUAUUGAACAUCAUCUCGAUCAUCAUUUGGACCAUCACCUGGACCAUCAUCUGGAUCAUCAUGUGGAUCUGCCGGUGGAGCAUAUUGAGCAUUUGGAGCAUCCGGCGCCCGCCUGGGAUCCCCAUGCCUGGGCACGUUCCGCCCAAGAGCCGCAAGACGCACAGGACAUGGCCUAUGCGGGCCAAAAGAGGCGUUGAAUCCGGAACCGAAACAAGCUGCGACUUUAUUAAUUUUGGCUCUAUUUUAAGUAGUGCAUAGUCGUAUUGUUUUUAAUUAUUUAUUUAUUUAUUUAUUAUUUAUGAGAAUUGUACAAAACAAAAAAAAAAAAAACAUAAGAAAACCCACAAGAGGAAACCCAUAAAAGGAAAGAGGAUGAAACCAAA